AUGAAUUCCGUAAAAUCCAUAAAGUAUGUUUGUAAAUACAUCACUAAAGGAAAUGAUCAAGCAGCCUUCAUUUUAAAAAAUGAUAAAGAUAUUGAUGAGAUAGAGAUAUACGAAUCUGGCAGAUAUAUCAGUAGUUCAGAAGCAGUGUGGAAAAUAUUGGGAUUUCCUAUUCAUGAGAGAUACCCUGCAGUAAUUCAUCUUGCUGUGCAUCUGGAAAAUGGCCAACGUGUUUACUUCACCGCACAUAAUAUUCAUAACAAAGUUGUAAAACCUCCAGAGACAACACUUUCGGCAUUCUUCAACCUUUGCAAAAUUGACGAGUUUGCCAGAACACUUCUGUAUGUUGAAGUUCCUUCGUAUUAUGUGUGGCAACAGAGUAAAAAGUUUACAAGACGUAGGCGGGGAGAGAAAAUUGAUCAAUGGCCAGGGAUAAAGAUAGAUUCUGCUUUAGGACGCGUUUACACAAUUCAUCCUAACAAUGUUGAGUGUUACCACCUACGCCUCCUCCUCCAUCAUGUUAGAGGUCCAACAUCGUUUUCUUAUUUAAAAACUGUAAGCAAUGUUGAAUAUCCUACAUUCAAAUCUGCAUGCAUGGCAAUGGGAUUGCUCGAGGAUGAUAAACAGUGGCAAUACACUAUUGAGGAAGCUAUUUUAAGCAGCUCAUCAUUCAAACUGCGAGAACUUUUUUCAGUGAUCUUGGUAUUUUGUCAUCCCUCUGAUCCCCGAAGCCUUUGGGAAAAGUACAAGGACAGUUUUUCAGAAGACAUCCAGUUUCAGCAUGAAAGACAACUGCAAGACUCCGCUCUUUCAACUAAGGACAAAGCGUACAACCAAUGCUUGAUUCUGAUUGAAGACACUGUUCAGACUCUGGGAGGUCAGCGCUUAAUGGAUUAUGGUUUACCUCAGCCUGAGCGAUUUGAGACUAAUUUGCAAAACAGAGAGUACAUGCGAGAAACAAAUUUUGAUCUUGAAGAUUUGAAGAAAAAAGUACAUAAUGCUGAAGUCUCUCUAACAGGUGAACAGUCCAGCGUAUAUCAAAAGGUCCUCAACAGCCUCGAGUCUGGUUCAGGCCAAAUGUUUUUCUUAGAUUCACCUGGUAGAACUGGAAAAACAUUUCUCUUAAAUUUACUUCUUUCAAAGGUCAGAAGCAAUAAAGGCAUUGCCUUGGCAACUGCAUCAUCUGGAAUAGCUGCAACGUUAUUGGAGGGUGGAAAGACAGCUCAUUCUGCUUUUAGAUUACCCCUUAACCUCAAUUACUCAGAGAAUCCAACGUGCAAUAUUAAAAAACAGAGUAAUUUGGCUAAGGUUUUACGUGAUUGUAAACUCAUUAUCUGGGAUGAGAGUACUAUGGCUCAUAAAGCAGGAUUCGAGGCUCUUAAUGCAACUCUCAAAGAUCUAAGAAAUUCUGAGGAAGUAACGGGUGGAGUAACUGUUCUACUAGCAGGAGAUUUUCGGCAAACAUUACCGGUUGUACCUAGAGGAACACGUGCAAAUGAAGUUAACGCAUGCAUCAAAUCGUCGUAUCUAUGGCCUAAAGUGCAGAAACUUCGUUUGAGUAAGAAUAUGAGAGUUCAUUUACAUGGAGAUGCGUCAGCGGAAUUGUUUUCUAAUCUUCUCCUUAAAAUAGGAGACGGAUUAUAUCCUGAAUGUGCUGGCAAAAUUAUUAUACCCCACGCACUCGCUACGGUAGUCACGGAAUUGCCAGAUCUCAUCGCCAAGAUUUAUCCUGAUGUUGCUGAUAUAAAAAAUAAGCCCAUUGAAUGGUUGUGCGAGCGUGCCAUCUUAUCUCCAGAAAAUGACACAGCCGCAGAAGUCAACAGUAUCUUAUUAAAGUCGUUUAGUGGAGAAGAUAUUUACUACAAAUCUUUUGAUACAACAACAAAUCGUGAUGAUGCAGUGCAGUAUCCAGAAGAGUUUCUUAAUACCUUAGACCCUCCAGGUUUUCCACCUCACCUACAUCACCUGAAAGUUGGAACACCAGUAAUGCUACUACGAAACCUUUGUCCACCAAAGUUAUGCAAUGGCACCAGACUACAAGUGAUUAGACUUAAUAAGUAUGUUAUCGAAGCUACGAUAAUGACUGGAUGUGCUCGAGGAGAUUGCAACAAGACGGUGCCACAUGCCAGUGAAGGAGUUCAAUUACUGCAUGAGACAUUUCCUGGUCGUGUAGUCUCUUGUUUCAAAGGUUAA